AUUUACUUCUAGAAGAGAAAUAAAUCCAAUGUUGGUGAAUAGAAACGUAUUUAAAAGCGAACCCUUUUACAAUAAGCUUGAGACUGGAGAAGGUUUGAAGGUUAACUUCAUCUCAAUGAACUGACAAAGAUGGUUUAUUGAUUGAUCGAUGAAAGAAGUGUUCCGAAGAUGCUUAAAACAGUGUUCCUAUUUUUUCUCAUCCUAGAUCCUACUAUCUCCACACCUAGAGAAGAGAGUGUAGACGAGAAGUUUUCCUCUGCAAUUCUACCAGAAUCCUACCAUCUUCCAAACAGCUAUACCAGUACAGAAACAGAUUCUACGAAGCAGCGGCGCCCUGUGAUCAGUAAAGGUCUUCUUGAAGAUUUGAGACUAGCGCAAUAUGACUUCAGUGAGGAGAACCAAAGGGAGGAGGACGAGGAGGAGGAAGAGGAGUUUGAUGAUUUCUUCGGAGAUAUUGGGAGAAAGAAACUAAAUGCUCUACCUACCCCGGAGAAUAUGAUCUCACAGGAAAGGUUCUCCUGUGUAUCCUGUGAGGCUCCAGACUGUGAUGAAGAGGAUAUAUGCGAGAAUGCCGUGGUUUGUUAUACUGCGCAUGUACGGGAUGUGGACGGAGAAGAGAUGAAGUCAAAGGGUUGCUCACCUACCCACUCUCAUGCUCUCUUAACCUGCAGUACGGAAAGAUAUGACGGAAGACAUGUACAAAAAAAGCAUGGAAUAUCUGCUCAGUACGCUGUAGAUUGUUGUCAAGGUUCCAUGUGCAACAAUGCAACAGAUUGGCCUGCACUGCCUGACGUACCAACUGUUGAGAAGGAACCUGUUCCUGUCUCUACAGAGCAGAACAGUCAUAUAAUCAAACUGCUUCUAGCUGUUAUAUGCCCUGUAGCCAUUCUAGGACUACUGGUGACAGUUAUACUAGUUGUGAUGAGGUAUAGGCACAGGAAGAGAAUGGCAGAACUGAAUGCAGUUGAUCUGGAUUAUCAAGACGAGAUGGUCGGACUCAGAGCUCAGGCAGCAGGAGAUUCUACACUCCGGGAAAUAUUUGAUCAUUCUAUGACGUCUGGUUCAGGCUCUGGUCUUCCAUUCCUGGUACAGAGAACAUUAGCUAAGCAGGUUGGAUUGCGUGAAUGUAUCGGGAAGGGUCGGUAUGGUGAGGUGUGGCGAGGAAUAUGGCACGGAGAAAGUAUAGCUGUUAAAAUAUUCUUCUCGAGAGACGAAGCUUCGUGGAUUCGGGAGACUGAGAUCUAUAGUACAACACUACUUAGACACGAGAAUAUUCUUGGAUAUAUUGGUUCUGAUUGUACAAGUAGAAACUCCUGUACUCAGCUCUGGUUGGUGACUCACUACCAUCCACUGGGUUCUCUUUAUGAUCAUCUCAACAGAACUGCGCUUACUAAGAUGGAAACUAUCAAGAUUUUGAUAUCAUGUAUAACUGGACUGGUUCAUCUGCAUACAGAGAUAUUUGGAACCCAAGGCAAACCAGCAAUUGCUCACAGGGAUAUUAAGUCGAAGAAUAUAUUGGUUCGCGCAGAUGGAUCAUGUGUUAUUGCAGACUUCGGGCUUGCGGUCACACACACACAGGCUACGGGAGAAACGAAUAUUCCCCAGAAUCCCAGAGUAGGCACUAAACGCUACAUGAGCCCAGAAAUAUUGGAUAUGAGUAUGAAUAUGCAACUGUUUGAAUCUUUCCGUCGGGUGGACGUGUACGCAUUUGCGUUGGUUAUGUGGGAGACGACAAGAAGAUGUAUGACGCACGAAGGAGUUGAAGAAUACGCUCUUCCAUAUUAUGAAAUGGUACUCCCUGACCCUGGGUUUGAGGAUAUGAGGAAGGUCGUCUGUAUUGAUGGAUUCAGACCACAGGUUCCCCAGCGGUGGGAAGAUGAUCCGGUUCUGGCUGGUUUAGCUCGGCUCAUGAAGGAAUGUUGGCAUGAGAAUUCAAAUGUUCGACUCCCAGCUCUUAGGAUCAAGAAGUCUCUGAUCAAGAUUGCCUGCUUGGAACCAAAGCUUGGUGUUAUGGUUCAGGAGUGAUCAAUUACCGCCAUUUUAUAAAAUUUGCAGUUUUUUUGCGAAUCUCAAUAAUUUUUUUAGUUUAAUUUGGGCAACUGUUGUCAAAAUGUACUGUAGCUAACGUAUCAUCAAAUAUUCGUACAAAAAAAUGUAAUCCUGAAGAUUGUUUUGAUCUUCACUUAUAUAUUAAAAUUGUGACAAUUUGUUUUACCGACUUAACUUAAUAAAAAGAAUCAACUUAUAUUCUGUUAGUUUAUUUUCAAAAUAAAAUUGUAAGACAAAAUUUAAAUUUUUUAUUCGUUCCAAUGUUGAAUAGAUCGAAUUGAAAUUGUAUGCAAAAAUUGUCAUAAAAUUCUGCUUUUUCGAAUGAAUAUUUUUCUUCAAAUUUGUUAAAUAAUUGGAUUCUCGUCUAUUUAUUGAAAACUCUGGACAAUCCCUUUACUGUGGCCUUAGAAAUGUUCGUUGAAAACGUCCAAAUGUGAAUCUAAACCGGCCAUUUUUUAAUCAGCAAAGUUGCUAAACAAGCUUUAAUAUAUUU